UCUUUUUCUUCUUGUAAUUUGGAAUAUUGAUAAUAAUACAAUAUUAUAACCGUUAUCUGAUAAAUAUUAAUCAUUUCGUAGUCUUCGAUCUCUCAAUAACUAAAAUGACUUCGAAUGCGAUUGAAAAAUCUAAUUGUAUAUUUUGUAAUAUAGUUAACAAAUUAGAAAGCACUGAAAUAAUAUAUGAAGACGAAGAUGUUUGUGUGUUUCGUGAUAUUAAACCGGCGAGUGAUUUUCAUAUAUUAACGAUCCCGAAGAGACAUAUAGAAGAUGCUAAGGCCUUAACUCCUGGUGACAAGAAUUUAGUCGACAGAAUGCUGUGCAUAGCUAAAGAACAACUGGCUAAGAACAACUUGUCAGUAGAUGAUGCAAGGUUUGGUUACCACUGGCCUCCAUUCAGAAGUGUUAGACAUCUCCACCUGCACACCAUAGCUCCGGAAUCCAAGAUGGGAUUGAUAUCAAGAAUGAUAUUUAAAAAGGAUUCAUAUUGGUUUGUCUCGCCAGACUAUGUUGAUUCAAGAUUAUGCUGAUAAAUGAAAUAGUCAGCAAUUUUUAUUUAGGAAAAAUAUUAUAAGAGGGAUGGGGAAGAAAGUUGUCAAUAAUUUAGUUAAAAUAUUAGUAUUAUUCUAA